UUCAUCAUCAUCUUUAUCUUGCCAAAAUGUCAAGCUGGAAUAAACAUUAUCAUUGGAAAACCAAAAAUGCAACACCUUGGACGAAAGAAUAUUUCACAAAGAAUCUUGUAGGAGCAACACAUGAACUUACGAAACCACAAAAAGGAAAUGUCAAGAUCGACUCUAUAUCCCAUUUUGAAGGUGAUGUUGAACUGGGAAAUCGUAAAGGAAGAUUGAUUACAAUUUAUGAUUGUCAAUUAACCUUGGACUGGUCAGGAAGAUUGGAAGAUGGUAAAAGUGAAGAAGGAACAGAAGCAAAAGGAACAAUCUCAUUCCCGGAAGUUUCACAUGAAGUUCAAGAUGAAGGAGAAGAAUACAAAUAUAGAGUCGAAAUGACAAGUGCUACUUCUGUAGCCACUCAAUCUAUGCUCGAAGCUGUUCGAUCACAUUUGGCACCUUCACUCUUGCCAUACUUUCACAAAUUUAGAGAUGAAUUGGUCGCGACACAUGCAAAGGACGUCGGUCAUGAAGGCUCGAAUGAAGGAACACCGACAGGUGGUAGUGGUGUGAGCACGCCAAAGGAUACUAGUGCAGCCCAAACCUCAUCAAACACAGCAGCCACAUCUACCUCCACCAGCAGUGCACCAAAGAAGGAAGAAUCAUCAAAAUUGAGCACGACAAAGGUGGAUGUUGAAUCCGAUCUAAGUAUUCGAAGUGAUGAUCUUUGGGACUUGCUCACAAAUCCAGGCAGAAUUCCAAUGUGGACUCGUGCACCUGCUCAACUAACUCUCAAUCCCGGAUCGACGUUCUCCUUAUUCAAUGGAAAUGUGACAGGAUCUAUUAUCAGUAUCGAACCCACCAACAAACUUGUACAAAAAUGGCGAGCUCCUCAAUGGCCUCCUAAUCAUUUUGGAACAUUGACAACAACGCUAGCACAAGGGGAAAGUUCUACAAAGCUUACUUUAACUCUUGAAGGAGUUCCGUUGGAAGAAGAAGAUCGUAGUCGUGAUGCUUUGGAUAGAUUUUAUAUUGCCGGUCUCAAAGGACUGGGAUUGGGAACGGGUUCUGUGAUGUAAUAGUGUCUUUAGAUGAAAUAGAUGUUAGCUAAAUGUACAGAAAAAUCAUAAACAAGCUUCAGUGUCCU